CAUUUCUUUCAGUACGGGCGUUUUAUAAGGUCGAGUUGACAUUACAAGUUUACAAUCGUUUGUUCGACCAGCCACAUUAGAGUUAGAGUGUACGUUGCGAGAUGCGGGCGGGGAAGGACGUGAAGAAUUUCUAAUUCCCCAUCUCCUUCCUUUGGACCGUCGCUCACCCCCUUGGUACAAAUUUCUUUCUCUCCCUAGCCUCCCACUGCUGUAUUUAUCAAAGAUGGCAGCUGUAAUUUUCACGAAGAAAAUACUGAGCAAUCACUUGCCAAAAUUACGUCUGCUCUGCAGGCUACAUCAGAAAGGCAAUACUCCCCAAUUUCCAGAUUUGGAUCCACGAUGCAAGCAGUUUUCCAUCUCACAUAUUGAUCAUAUCGUGCUAACAGUUGAAAAUAUAGAGGCUACAGUACAAUUCUACACCCAGGCUCUUGGGAUGGAUGAGGUUACAUUUGGUCAAGGUAGGAAAGCUCUUGGAUUUGGAAAUCAGAAAUUCAAUUUGCAUCAAAAAGGGAAGGAGUUUGAACCAAAAGCUGCAAAUCCAACACCUGGUUCAAUUGAUAUUUGCCUUAUCACAAACACACCAAUAUCAAGUGUUAUCACACACCUGAGGAGUCUAGAUAUAAAGAUUGAGGAAGGACCUGUUCAGAGGACUGGUGCCCAAGGACCAAUUACUUCCAUUUACCUUAGGGAUCCUGAUAGAAACCUCAUCGAGGUGUCUAAUUACAAUGAUAAUCAUUGAGCAGAUAGGCAAGGGUUCUUAGAAAUAAAAAUACAGACUUUAAUGGGCUUUGUCUUUACAGAAUAUGUACUUAUUGACUGAGUGGGAGGGCUGGAAAAUAUUUGGCUUGAGGUUGUGACAUAUGAACCACACUGUGCUCAGUCAAUAGGCAAAUUAUCAUAUGACCACUUUGAAAAUUUUGUUUUAACUUAAAAAGGACAAGGUAGACAGACACACAUGAGACAACCACAAAGGAGAUUCAUAAAUUGUAUUUGAAGCAGUUGUUUAAAGUGCCAAUUGCAACAUUGAUAACAUAUGACACUUUAUCUGAAAGUUUUUUGAUGAGUGAAAUAAAAGAUAAAAAAUUGAGAGAUAUAUAUUAACAGAAACUACAGAGAUGUAUGACAUUGCAUUGCAUGUUUUCAUUGUUCAUAAGUCCAUCAGCUAAAUAGCCAGUCAAUAUGGAGAGUAUUACUAUCUUAAAUGCUCCCUAAAAAGGACAAAAUGAGAGAACAUGAUUAUUAGAGAAAAAAGGUUUGCAUUUUAGUUUGUUAUUAUGAUACUUGAGGUAGUUAGUGCAACAGUUUCAUGAAUGAAGCUUACAAGCUUCAAAGUAUGAAGAAACAUUCAAAAUAAGAAAAUUUCAAGUUCUAAAACAUUAAAAUAUUUUGACCUGGCUUUCA